AUGGAGAUGAGAUGUAGUGAAGAGGUGGGCAGUUAUUCUGAUGGUUCAUUUCGUACCUUGAGAAGGGAGAUUCCAGCAGCAGCAGCAGCAGCAGCAGCAGCCUCCAGUAGCAGCUCCCACUCCUCAGAUGCUGCAGAGCUGCACCUCACACACAACACCCAGCAGCAUCCAGGAGCACAGCUGCUCUCUACUCACACUCCCACGGAGGAUGGCCCUGGUGAUGACACACAGAGGGGCUGUGAAUGCUGUGCUGCAGUUCCAGACACCAGCCACUGGGUCCUGGUGGAGCCUGAGGUCUCCACAGAGAAGAGCAUCUCAACCUACAGCCUGAGCUCUGCUGCAGGGAGCUAUGAGUGCUCAGAGUCCAGUCUGCGUUGGUCGUGUGUUGGUCCAGUCACCCUGCAGUAUCGCUUCAUGGACUGGUACAUGUUUACUGAAGAGCUAGCCAACAUGCAAUACAGUCCAGCUGGUCCUUUGAUGGACAUCAAACUUCCGUCAGGAGCGCUGGAGGAGAUCCAGCUGCCUCAUUUCCUGUGUUUGGGGGGCGUCAAGGCCGCAGAAAAUUUUGUCAGUCUCCUACACGGACGGGAUAGUGGAGUGUGUGUGGAGAAGUGUGAGGUGACCCGGCAUCAUAUCAGGUUUCUCCAGCCUUCCCUGUCUCCAGUAGGAUCAGUGUACUCCAUUCCGUCUCCCCACUCUCUUUCCCAACCUUUGGUGCCUAACUCCUCUAUGUCUCACCCUUCAAUAUCUCACCCUGUGUCUCAUCCUUUGAUGCCUCACCCUUCUAUCCCACUGUGA